AUGGUGAGGUUUUACUGUGCUGAUACACUGCGACAGAACUUCAUCCGCAGAUACUUACUUUUGGGCUUCGAUCCAGUGUCGCUUAAGUCUCCCAACAGAGUGGAACUGCACAGCGAAAUUCCAAUCGUCAGGAAUGCCGUCGUGGAAGUAACUCCGGAGCAAGUGGCGCUUCUUCCUGCCGUUAACGACGAGGAUUUGUUUUAUUAG